AUGCUGUUCAGAUCGUUCUUCCGCCGCGUCAGACUGACCUUCCAAGACCUGGUGGGCUCUGGGCCGUCCACGACUCCAAAUGAGGGCGGCGAAGCUACCGCAAGCUGUGAUAGCCUCAGGCAGCUCUAUGAAUCCGCCGUCGCCUCUUCCUCCGCUUAUGGGCACGAAACACCGCGAGUCAAGUCAGAAGAUUCCGGCAAUGAACGAGUUGCUGCACCGUUCCCUCCAUUGUGUCACACGAACCUCCCUAGGCACCACGCUUCGGAUCUGCUCCCGAGAACGCUCGAGCAUCACUGUUCCAACCUCUCGCUCUCCGAAUCGCUCCAACGUCGCAUCCUUGCCCCAUCGCCAUCGCCAUCCAAGCCAUCCAGCUUACACUCACCGUCCUUGUCGGACUCAAGCGUGCCCCACAUAACACUUCCACCUAUCCCGCUCACGUAUCAAGUAAGGCCACUGAGCGACGACACGCUCUGCCCGCCUGAGUCGAGCUCGAGUGGUCACGGUCACGGCCCUUUCCGGCAGAUCCGAACGAGGUCGCGCGGCCCAGUCUACGUGUUCGAGCCAUCGAGAUUCGAUCCAUCCUUCCAAGUCCGCCCAAAACACGAAUCAGCCGAGACAAUCAUUGACCUGGAAGCGCAGGCUCCGACAUCCUUUUCAGAACGAUUUGAUGAUGGCUGGACUCACCAUCCAGACGAAGAACGCGACUUAAAGUACACGCUUAUUUUGUUGGCCGUCUUAGCUAUUAUCAUCAUCGUCCUCGUCGCCGCUACCCUCAUUUCCGGCAACUAA